CGAAAAGAGACCAUUUUUCUUUAGAUUUUAAGCUUUUGAUUUGGAGGUGACGGAAAGAAUUAACAAAAUGUCAGACACUUACGCUAAGAAAAGAUGGCUUCCUCUUGAAGCAAAUCCUGAUGUCAUGAAUCAGUUUCUUUGGGGUCUUGGUUUACCAGAAGAAGAAGCUGAGUGCAAUGAUGUAUAUGGCUUUGAAGAUGAAUUGCUUGAAAUGAUCCCAAAGCCGGUUCUUGCUGUGCUUUUGCUAUAUCCACUCACUGCUGAGAGUGAAGCGGAGAGAGUGAAGGAAGAUAGUGUCGGAAAGGAUUACAACAAGAAAGUUUAUUUUAUGAAACAGACUGUGGGAAAUGCUUGUGGGACUGUUGGGCUUCUCCAUGCUCUUGGAAAUGUCACAUCAGAGAUUAUGUUUCAAGAAGGUUCCUUCCUAGAUAGGUUUUACAAAAUCACCGCAAAUAAGGAUCCAACAGAGCGUGCUGAGUUUCUUGAGAAAGAUACUGAAAUGGAAGUUGCUCAUUGCGUAGCAGCUAGUGCUGGUGAUACUGAGGCUUCGGAUGAUGUGGACACUCAUUUUAUUUGCUUCUCUUGUGUCGAUGGUGAACUUUAUGAACUUGAUGGAAGAAGGGAAAGACCAGUAUCACAUGGACCUACCUCACCAAGUACUUUACUCAAGGAUGCAUCUAAGGUCAUAAAGGGAAUGUUUGAGAAAAACCCCACUUCUUUGAACUUCAAUGUGAUUGCCAUAUCAAAGAAGGCUGUGUAAUUGAAGCAUAGUUUCAAACUAUUUAAUGCACUAUUUUCCAUGAAACAGAGUACACUGUUUAUGCUA